ACUACUGGUAUGUACUCGUAUCUUGGCUUGUAUCGUGCAACAGUUAUAUGUAAGCUUAAGUGAAAGGGAAGCUCCCUUGUCUCUGCAUGUGUGUCUUUGUUUUGUUCUUAGUUCUUGACAUUUGAAUUCAAUUGCUCUUCUAGUGUGUGUGACUGCUAUAAAAGUUUUCAUUACUUGACAUUUGGUUAAUAAGUGACCAACGCUAGAGGGGGGUGAAUAGCGUUUGAUCGUAGAAAUCGCAGGAAUAAAAAAUUAAGAACGUGAAAGAUAAAGAGCGUAGAAAGCGUAAAGGGAGCACACCAAGAUUUACCCUGGUUCACCACAACUUGUGGCUAAUCCAGCCUCCCGAGAGACUCUCUCGAGCUACACUACUUCCGUUAAGCUUACGGGUGCUUAACAAACCGUUACAACCUGAGAACUCGAGUCCCACGAGCCUCAANGAUAAUAUGAAUAAAGUGAAGUGAAUUGAUGUGUAAAGCAGACCCAAACACCCCUUUUUAUAGUGCCAAAAAAGGCUCCAACGGACCAAUACAUUAAAGGGGUGAUUGGCUUGAUUUAUGGGAUUGAAUAAAUUUGGGAUCUGCAGGAUAUUGGCUUCCCAUCGAUGUUUAGACUCACCCAUCGCUGGUAAGCCAAAUUUCCUUCAGUUUUGAAGCCAACGGUCACCUACCCAUCGAUGGGUAAAUGCUUCCCAUCGCUGGGUGGGAGGUUGAUUUUCAAACAAGGAAAGAAUCAACCUUAAAUGACUCACAACGGUCAUGCCUUCCCAUCGAUGGUUAAGCCUUCCCAUCGCUGGGUUCCCAUCGAUGGGUACAGCUUCCCAUCGCUGGGUAAGGGCAUUCUGCCUUGUGAUAAUGUUAGACCAAGGCUUGAACAGCGAUGGGUAGAGCUUCCCAUCGCUGUUUGGCAUGGUUCUGGAAUUCAAUUGGGCUGAAGGCUGCUUACCCAUCGAUGGGUAAUAUCUCCCAUCGCUGGGUGAAAUGAUUCUGGAAUCCCGGGAUCACUUUCCCAUGCUUGGGUGAAAUCUACCAUCGCUGGGUAGAUGGCUAGUCCAGAACCAUGGCUUAGCCGACCGGCACUGAAACCCGACCGAAAAAUGCAAAGUUCUCCAAAGUAAAAACUAAGUGUUUAAAACACUUAUUUAAUGUAUUUUGAUGUCAAAAUAAGCUUUGUAUGUUGAAAACCACGUCGUUAAGGUAAAAACCACGAAUGACCAAGUCAAUGCCGUACACGGGUGGUUUUUACCAAAAGACAAAACCAAAAUACAUUAAAUAAGUGGUAUGUACUGGUAUGUACUCAUAUCUUGGCUUGUAUAACUACUGGUAUGUACUCAUAUCUUGGCUUGUAUCGUGCAACAGUUAUAUGUAAGCUUAAGUGAAAGGAAAGCUCCCUUGUCUCUGCAUGUGUGUCUUUGUUUUGUUCUUAGUUCUUGACAUUUGAAUUCAAUUGCUCUUCUAGUGUAUGUGACUGCUAUAAAAGUUUUCAUUACUUGACAUUUGGUUGUAUGUAUACACGUAUUUGUGUGUGUGUGUGUGUGUAUCUUGGCAAUAUUUCCUCAUUGUGUUUGGUUAUAAAUUUCAUUAUAUUCUUCCUUACAUACUCCAGUGUUUAUAUAUAAAUAGAUGUAUGUAUAUUAGCGUGUUUGUGUGUGUUUGAUCUUCACAAUUGAAUCCAAUUCCCAUUUAACUUAUAUAAAAAGUGUAAUCACUCAGACUUGUUCCUUUUUGCUCAAUCUCUAAAAUUGUUCUGCUGUUUCAAUUAAUACAUCCAUAGGUAGAAACGCUCAAGUCAAAAGGAAGCACCCUUGUGAUGCUCUGGCUGGGAGUUCAAGCUCUGCAUCAGCAACUGCUGCAACUGAUAUGGUUGUGGAGGAAAAAGAUUAUGUAACAAGACGCUUGGAGUCUAUAAGAUCUAUUUUAUCGGAAGACACGGAUGUAAUAGACACCGAAGAAGCUCCGCAGAGCCCUUAUUAUGUGGAUGAAUCAGGGUAUCCACCUGAAGCAGAGCGGGAAUAUAUCUGGGAGGAAGAUCGUUUCGUUGCCAAGGUAUCCAGAAGGGCUCGUGAGUACGUGCGCCAUAUGUUUUCAGUUGAAACCCGAGAAUCCAAAUGGUAAAAAACCUCAAGGGAAAGGGAAGUGUACUGUGGAGAAUUCAAGCUCUGCAUCAGCAACUACUGAGAUGACGAUGAGGGUUGUACCACACAUUAUGCAGAGCUGGCAUGUGAGGAACUUCAUUCUUGUGAGGUUUGAUAUAGGCACGGGUGAAUGGGACGUGAUGGAAGAAGACAUGACGGUCGUUGGUGGAACUUCAUUCUUGUCCUCAUCUCCCAUCCCCUUUAGUGUCAAGCAAAUCGUCUUUCUUCUUCCAUUUUCCCAUUCCCUUACUGCUGCCACCCUAUGGCGGAUUCUAGCCAUGUUGUGAUGAAUGUACGUGAAGAAGCACACAUGUCCCCUUCCAUUUAGGUUGUAUUCUCUAAAGAAUUCCAAGCUCAAUCCUUGCUCCAUUACCUUCUUGAAGUAAGUGCUGACAGCUUCAUCAGCAAAAGUUCAAACAUGUCUAGUUGUAAUAAUACUCCGUAUUAGAAACAGCACUUCAAUAGGUAGUUCUUCAAGUGCAGCCAUUAUGAAUUUCCUGAAAACAUUAAGAAACAUUACCAAACAUU